GUAGCAGGCUGGGGCGCACAUUCUGGCGGGGGGGGUUUGCGGGGGCGGCCAGCCCUCCCCCGCGCGGCCUCGUUUUGAUCGACGGAGAGCUGUUGCCUUCUGUGUAGAAUAGGUCACUUUCAAGCACAGGGUUUGUUUUGUUCAAGUUUUGCCAAAGUAUCUUUCCACCCCCGGCCCGCCCUCGCCUCCCUCAGCCUGUCCUUGAGAGUCGGGUGGCAGAGAGCGACUCUCGCAGCAGGAUAACGGCAGGCGCCCGGUCGCCCGGGGCUUACCCACAGGUGUCUGGCUCGGGUGUGCACGCGUGAGCGCGCGUUUGUGUGCGGGAAGCAAGGGGCUUCGUGUUGGGGACCACGGAGCGCGGCGUUGUCCCCUUAAGGCCCCUUGCAGUGGUGGGGCUGGUGAUCGCCGCUGGACGUGCCCAUGACCGAGCUGGUGCCCUCCGGGGGCGGGUCCCCGGCGGGGGACGGGGAGGAGGGCCUGGGCGACGAGCGAGGCCUGGUCAUCCACCACCCGGCGGAGGAGCCGCCGCACCGCUGCCCGCUGUGCGGCCAGACGUUCCCGCAGCAGCCCAGCCUGGUGCGGCACCAGAAGCUGCACGCCGGGGCGGGCCGCGCGGCCGCCUUCGUGUGCCCCGAGUGCGGCAAGGCCUUCAGCGUGAAGCACAACCUGGAGGUGCACCAGCGCACGCACACCGGGGAGCGGCCGUUCGCCUGCGCCGAGUGCGGCCGCUGCUUCAGCCUCAAGCAGAACCUGCUCACGCACCAGCGCAUCCACAGCGGCGAGAAGCCGCACCAGUGCGCGCAGUGCGGCCGCUGCUUCCGAGAGCCGCGCUUCCUGCUCAACCACCAGCGCACGCACGCGCGCAUGCCCGCGCCGCACCCCCGGCGCCCCGGCGUCUUCGGGGAGCGGCGCCCCUACUUCUGCGCGCGCUGCGGCAAGAGCUUCGCGCGCGAGGGCUCGCUCAAGACGCACCAGCGCGGCCACGGCCACGGCCCCGACGGGCAGGGCGCGCACCUGGGCCGCGUGCUCUGACGCCCCGCGCUGCGCCCCGGCCCCGCGCAUCCCUUUCUCCACGUGACCCCCCACACCCGGACGGCCCCCGACCCCCGGGGACCCUGGAAGAGCCGGCCGUCUCCUCCCUUUUCUCUCCGAGGCCCGCGCGCCGUCGGAGGGCCCCACGCGGGGUUUCUGUCUCGCCUAGAGCAGAUGCAGGACCAGCAGGACCUGGGACCCACGGAGACCAGCCCAGCACCCCAGCCUCGGGACACGCCCCCCCAGAAGACCCGCCUUGGCAGAGGGGACGGCACGGAGCCCGGAACGUGGAGCAGGUCCCUGGAAUGGGUGGAAAAGCCCCAGGACUUGGGGGGGUUCUCGUCUGGGAUGGCUCCGUCCCACAGCGACAGGAAGUCUCGCCCCAGAGGACCGGAGUGGACACCACGGGGCGCCCCUCCCCCAGGCACCGGCUCCGCUCCAGGCCCGGACAGUGGUUCUUAGCGCUGGGGAUUGAAGCUCUCUAAAACUCUGACAGAGGUUCUGGAACGUUCUGGAAACUUCUCCCCGGGAAACACGCCUCCAUACAAAGACUGAGUCUGGGCCAGCGGUUCCCGGCACUGCCGCUGGCCCUCCUCCCGCUGCCCGGUCUGGGCAGGGGCCCCCUCAAGUACAAGCAG